AAAACUGCGUUUAUAUAAGCAAACAUUUUUUUCUUCUCCCUUCACUCAUCAUUAUCAGAUCCUUUCACCAGCAACCCAAAUUUAAAGCUAUGAUGCCUUCUAGGUCGGCGACAACAACAACAGCUCCGACGACGACCGAAACAACAACGUCGUAUUGGUGCUACAGUUGCACGCGUUUCGUCAGCGUUUCAAACGGCGGAGGAUACGUCUUGUGUCCUUAUUGCAACGGCGGUUUCAUCGAAGAGGUUGAAGAUUCUUCCGCCACGACGACGACUCCGGUGUCUGAAGUCGAGGAUAGUCAUAGAUCUGUAAUUAGACGGCGGAGAUCCAAUCGGCGCACUUCGUUUAAUCCGGUAAUCGUCUUACACGGAGGAGCCGGAGCCGGAGGUGAGAGAGUUGAGAACGAAGAAGGAGAUCGACGCCCUUAUGAAUUCUAUUACGACGAUGGAUCCGGGUCGGGUCUUAGGGCGCUCCCGGAAUCUGUAUCGGAGAUCUUGAUGGGAUCUGGAUUCGAGCGGUUGCUAGAGCAAUUGAGCCAGAUCGAAGGGUCGGGCAACGGAAUCGGGAGAUCUGGGAACCCUCCGGCGUCGAAAUCAGCGAUUGAAUCUUUACCCCGAGUCGAGGUGGGAGAGUUGCACAUCAAAGCGGAGGCGAAUUGCGCCGUGUGCACGGAGGUUUUCGAGGCAGGAGCGGAAGGGCGUGAGAUGCCGUGUAAACACAUUUUUCACGGCGAUUGCAUCGUCCCUUGGCUUUCGAUACGGAACUCGUGCCCUGUUUGUCGAUUUGAAUUGCCUUCGGAUCCGGUUCGACGGAGUAACGAGGAGGAAGAACACGCUGUUGGUAUGACGAUCUGGAGACUUCCCGGAGGUGGAUUCGCUGUUGGAAGGUUUAACGCGGCGAUGAGAGAAGGGGAGAGGAUUUUGCCGGUGGUGUUGACGGAAGUGGACGGUGGUGGGCUGGGGAGUAAUGAGGGUCCGAGACGAAUCUCUUGGGUUAGGGAUCAUGGCACACCGGAGAUUAGCAGAAAUGCUGCUCGCGCUGGUCGAUUGAGGAGAGCAGCUCGGGGAAUGAUUUCGUUUAUGAGGAGGAUGAGACCAAAUCUUCGUGCCUCUUCUUCUUCUUCUAAUGUUAUUGAUUUGGAUACAAACGGUGAAUCUAGAGUUAUGAAUCGAUCGACGUCGUUGAUCAGAAGAUUUUUCUGAGUUGAUGGUUAGGUGAAAAUUGUUCAAAUUUUUGUUCUCGUUUUGAUUCAACAAUAGAAGACCAGUUGGAACCUUUUUUUUUUUUAGACCAGUUGGAACCUAAAUAGUACUUUUUUUCUCUUUUGUAAUUCGAUUAACCGUUAAGUCAGUUUCGUCAAAAUUUAUGGUAACAUAAUGUCAAAUU